GCACUGGCAUCUGUGGCGGAGGUGGACGACGACGAGCUGCGGCUACAGAUCACUGAGGGCCGCACUUUUGCAGCUAGCCCCCUGCGUUUAGGGGAAAAUACGGUUUUUUGGGGUUUUUUUGCAAGUGGGUCCUUGGGGGGACUCGCCGGAGAAGAUGCUGCCCUACGCGACGGCGGCGGAGGCGGAGGCGGCGCUGGGGCGGGGCAUGACGGCGAUGGAGGCGGCGUGGUUCAGGUACUCGGCGGGGAUGCCCGACUACCUCCUCUUCUGGCACAACAUCCUCUUCCUCUUCGUCGUCUUCACGGUGGCGCCGCUCCCCGUCGCGCUGCUCGAGCUCCGCGCGCCGGCGGCCGUCGAGCCGUUCAAGCUGCAGCCCAGGGUGCGGCUCUCCAGGGCCGAGUUCGUCCGCUGCUACAGGGACGUCAUGCGCAUAUUCUUCCUCGUCAUCGGCCCGCUCCAGCUCGUCUCCUACCCCACCGUCAAGAUGGUGGGAAUUCACACAGGAUUGCCGCUGCCGUCGCUGGGGGAGAUGGCGGCGCAGCUGCUGGUGUAUUUCCUGGUUGAGGACUACCUCAACUACUGGAUCCACCGGCUGCUGCAUGGAGACUGGGGUUAUGAGAAGAUCCACCGUGUCCACCAUGAGUUCACAGCACCCAUCGGAUUUGCUGCGCCAUAUGCACACUGGGCUGAGGUCCUCAUUCUCGGCAUCCCUUCCUUUGUCGGGCCGGCGAUCGCACCCGGUCACAUGAUCACCUUCUGGCUCUGGAUUGUGCUCCGCCAGAUGGAGGCCAUAGAGACACACAGUGGCUUCGAUUUCCCAUUCAGCCUGACAAAGUAUAUUCCAUUCUAUGGAGGAGCAGAAUACCAUGAUUAUCAUCACUAUGUUGGACGUCAGAGCCAAAGCAACUUUGCUUCUGUUUUCACGUAUUGUGAUUAUCUAUACGGGACCGACAGAGGUUUCAGAUUCCAUAAGGCAUACCAAGCAAAGAUGAAGGCUCUCGGGCAAAGUGAUGGCGAGAAAGCAGAUAUGAAUGGACUUAGCUAUGCAAAGUUGGAUUAGACUGUCCUAUAUAGCACAAUCUGAAUUGGCUUGCUUGGUCACUUUGUUCGUUACGGCAUGUGUAGUGUUUUGAUUUCCGCAGUAGGGUUUGCGGUGCUGUGCCUUUCGUUUUCCUGUGGUCGUAAGCAUCCGUGGAACUUGUUACGCUGACCAAUAACCUUGUGAUUCAGGUAGCUUUUAUGUGAAUUUGCUCUCUGCUUGAAA